AUGACACUAGAAGCUGUUCUAUCGGCACUUGCGGCGUGUAAGAUCGAGCCCAAGGGGUCCCUAGCACACGACGCCACGACCAUCGACCCGGCGAGCUGGACGUCUGCUCUUGAGCGUGCCCCAUCGCACGAUGCAAGUACACCUAGUGCAUACAAACUCACCAAGACGCUUGUAUUCAAGCCCGGAAAGCCCAAAACCGACGAAUGGACGCCGGUGAUGGUGAUCGCGCGUGAGGAGACGAAUACGCGGGCCCUAAAGACGUUUUGUGGCCAGCUUGGACUCUCGGAUCUCAGAUUGGCAGACGAUAAACACAUCGAAGGAAAGUACGGCGCACAAAAGAACAGUGUUUCGGCGCUCAGCUUGAAUGAGGACAGGAUAAAUAUCUCUGUUGUUGUUUUGGAUUCUACUAUCGCCUCAUCGGAUGAGAUCUUCGCCGUCAAGGCUGCAUCAAGCGAGGGUACUGUUUUCCUUGCUGGGCGGGAUAUCCAUGCGUACCUCCAAAGCCUCGACAAAUCAUCACAGAAACUGCACGUCGUCGAUUUUGCGAAGCUUGCAGAGGAAGAAGCAGCCAGUGCUGCGGCUUCGUCGUCGCAUCCCGCACCAAUCGCAAAGGCUGCCGCUCCGACAAAAAAGACCGACGCAAGGAUCGAAGAUGCACAUCAAUUGGCUAUCGGGGUCAAGAAAGAGGUCGAUUUCUCGACAUGGUAUACCAACGUUCUCGUCAAGUCGGAAAUGCUCGAUUAUUAUAACGUCAGCGGUUGCUACAUUCUCAAGCCGUGGUCAUACUCUAUCUGGGAGACCAUCCAGAGAUGGUUUGACAACGAGAUCAAGGAGCUCGGUGUCGAAAAUUCAUAUUUCCCUAUGUUCGUCUCGUCAAAGGUUCUCGAGAGAGAAAAGGACCAUAUCGAAGGAUUCGCUCCUGAAGUCGCAUGGGUGACUAGGGCCGGAAGCUCUGAACUUGAAGAACCCAUCGCUAUUCGCCCUACCUCGGAGACUGUCAUGUACCCUUAUUAUGCCAAAUGGAUCCAGAGCCAUCGCGACUUUCCUCUCAAGCUUAACCAAUGGAACAGCGUCGUGCGAUGGGAGUUCAAGACUCCUCAGCCAUUCCUGCGUACACGAGAGUUCCUGUGGCAAGAGGGUCACACUGCGUUCCUUACCAAGGACGAAGCCGACGUUGAAGUCCGUCAGAUUCUCGACCUUUACCGGCGUGUCUAUGAAGAACUACUGGCCGUGCCCGUCGUCCCCGGCAUCAAGUCUGAAAAGGAAAAGUUUGCGGGUGGAUUGUACACGACGACGGUGGAGGGCUUCAUACCGACAACUGGACGCGGUAUUCAAGGCGCAACUUCGCACUGCCUCGGCCAAAACUUUUCGAAAAUGUUUGACAUUUCUGUCGAGGACCCAAACGCGACGGCCAAGGGCGAGCGACUAUAUGCAUGGCAAAACAGCUGGGGACUGUCAACACGCACAAUUGGUGUCAUGGUCAUGGUCCACGGCGACAAUCAAGGAUUGGUCUUGCCUCCCCGUGUCGCAAAUAUCCAAGUCGUAAUUGUGCCAUGUGGAGUCAACGAAAAGACUCGGCAAAAGGUUUACGAUGCGUGCGAUGAGGUGGCAAAACAACUCAAGAAGGUUGGCAUCCGUGCCAAAGCCGACCUUAGGGACACGUAUCUGCCUGGAUGGAAAUUCAAUUACUGGGAACAGAAAGGCGUGCCGGUUCGGUUGGAGAUUGGACCGAAGGAUAUUGAGAAGAAGCAGGCAAUCGUAGCCCGCCGCGACAACUCGGAAAAGUCGACAAUCAGCGUAGAGAAUCUGACGAGCGAUAUUCCGAGCCUCUUGGAGAGGAUUCAGGCCGACAUGUUCACACGCGCAAAGGAAGUGUUUGACCAACGCUUGAUUGAAGUGACCAAGUGGGAAGACGUGGUUCCGACGUUGGACAACAAGUGUGUUGCGGUGAUUCCGUGGUGCGAGGUCGAGGCCUGCGAGGAUGACAUUAAGGAGCGCAGUGGGAGAUCUGCCGAGCAGACAGAUGAGCGCGCACCGUCGGCGGGUGCAAAAUCGCUGGCAAUUCCGUUUGACCAGUCACGAUGGCCCGCCAUCGAGCCCGGAAAGACCAAGUGCCCAGCGUGUGGGGGUGAUGCGAAACGCUGGACGAUGUUCGGUCGGUCGUACUAA